AUGGGAACUAGUUCAUCAAAGGAAGCUCGCGAAUAUCCCGAGCAACAAUCUUACGAUGAUGGCCCAUUCUCAGAGACCGCCAUGGCCAGAAGAGCCGACAAGAUACGCCAAAUGUUUCCAGCCACCCCGGCUGACGAUGCUAGUUCAUCCGAUUACACGUACACAGCCUUCAUAUCGCCAGAUUCUCCUUCAUUGCUGACCGCGCUACCUCCCGAACUAAUAGACAAUCUUGUGAGCCAUCUCGACAAUUACUCCAUCAAGAGUCUGCGCUUGACCUGUAGACGCUUUGGCACGAUCAACCUGCGCAUCAAUCGAGUCUUUCUCUCUGCCAAUCCUCUGAAUAUCCAAGUCUUCCGCUCUAUUGCCGAUCAUGACUUCUAUCGCCAGGGCAUUGCCGAGAUCAUCUACGACGAUGCACUUUUCUAUCGCUCGUUUGAUGAUUGCUGGGGUGAAUUAAAUGAGCGGUCUCCCCUAAGCUAUCCGCUUCUAGAGGUGCCAGCAGAUAGGAAUUGGUUCUACACUGAGCGGGACGAGCACAUAUCCGAGUUGAAACAUCGCCAGGUCACUGAUAACCCAGGCCGUCCUGGCAAUGUGAUACGAGCCCGGCAAGCACGUGCCGAAUUAUCCUUCUCAGAGUCGUGGACAUAUUAUCAAGGUCUCCUACGUCAACAAGAUGAAGUACUUGCCAGUGGAGCUGAUGCUAAAGCUCUUCGAUAUGGUUUACGACGGUUUCCUGCGCUGCAGAGAGUCACUGUUACACCUGCUGCUCAUGGGUGGUUAUUCACCCCUCUCUACGAGACUCCCAUGAUCCGAGCCUUUCCCUACGGAUUCAACUAUCCAAUUCCUCGCGGCUGGCCGACUCGGCGUGCCGGUGAAGGUACUACAUUUGAAGUACCAUGGGAGGCCUCAAAAGCGAAAUUUCGUGGCUAUUGUUUAGUCACCGAAAUUUUGGCUCAAGAGCAGCAGCACCACCGCGUCUCUGAACUUUUCAUCGACGCCCAUUAUCUUCAUACCGGCAUUAACUGCCGCCUCUUUCAGCAGCAAUGCCAGGAAUAUCUUAACUUUCUAUCUGUUCUUCGGCAGCCUAACUUGAAGAAGUUGCAGUUAUCCCUUAAUGUGGAUGGACAGCAAGCCUUAGAUUGGCCAGGGUUUCGCAGUAACCUGUUGCGCAACGCCCUAGCAGAAGCUUCACACCUUGAACAUUUCAGCAUGGAGACAAACUGGGAUGCAAAUUAUUACCAAGGGGAUGCUCUGCCACCCGUGCUACGAUCAUUUCUUCCCCUUGAUCGUUGGGCCGAGCUGCGGCACUUUCGGUUGUGGAACUUUACAGUGAUGCGCGCUGAUCUAAUAGCAGCGCUAUCACAGCUUACCGGGCUGCGCUCUGUUGAGUUGGGAUUUGUGUAUUUAUAUCCUGACUCUGAUUUUGAGUUGCUGAAUGAAAUGCGCGACUCGUUGCGUUGGCAUGAGUGGCUUACGCCACCCAGAGUCGAGUAUGCUGUACCUAUCCCGGGUGAGCAUACUCAAGGACGCGCAGUUUGGCUUCAUGAAGCUGUUGAGAAGUUCUUAUAUUCUGAUGGCACAAAUCCCUUUGAUACUGCAACCGGUCAUGUCGCCCAUGGAGCGGGCAUAAUUCGAGAUGCUUAUGAUCCAGCAUAUGAGAGGCCCUAUGAUUAG